AUUUUUGAAAAUAAUAUCUACUAUCAACCUGAUAUAAAGAGUAGUUCAUUGAGACUGACAUCUUCUGGAAAAGAAGGAAUUAUUUUUAAUGGAAUUGCUGACUGGUUAUAUGAAGAGGAACUUCUGCAUUCUCAUAUCGCCCACUGGUGGUCACCAGAUGGAGAAAGGCUUGCCUUCCUGAUGAUCAAUGAUUCCUUGGUGCCUAACAUGGUUAUCCCCCGGUUUACUGGCGCUUUGUAUCCCAAAGGAAAGCAGUAUCCAUAUCCUAAGGCAGGUCAAGUGAACCCAACAAUCAAAUUGUAUGUUGUAAACCUAUAUGGACCAACUCAUACUUUGGAACUCAUGCCACCUGAUAGCUUUAAAUCAAGAGAAUACUACAUCACUAUGGUUAAAUGGGUAAGCAACACCAAGACGGUGGUCAGAUGGUUAAAUCGACCUCAGAACAUCUCCAUCCUUACAGUCUGUGAGACCACCACUGGUGCUUGUAGUAGAAAAUAUGAGAUGACAUCAGAUACAUGGCUCUUUAAACAGAACGAGGAGCCCGUGUUUUCUAGAGAUGGCAGCAAAUUCUUUAUGACAGUUCCUGUUAAGCAAGGGGGCCGUGGAGAAUUUCACCACAUCGCCAUGUUCCUGGUCCAGAGUAAAAGUGAGCAAAUUAUUGUGCGGCAUCUGACAUCAGGAAACUGGGAAGUGAUCAAGAUUCUGGCAUACGAUGAAUCAACGCAAAAAAUUUACUUUCUGAGCACCGAGUCAUCUCCCAGAGGGAGGCAGCUGUACAGUGCUUCUACUGAAGGAUUAUUGAAUCGUCAAUGCAUUUCUUGUAAUUUUAUGAAAGAACAAUGUACAUAUUUUGGUGCCAGUUUUAGUCCCAUGAAUCAACAUUUCUUAUUGUUCUGUAAAGGUCCAGGGGUUCCAGUGGUCAGUCUACAUAGCACGGACAACCCCACAAAAUAUUUUAUAUUGGAAAAUAAUUCUAUGCUGAAAGACACUAUCCUGAAGAAGAAGAUAGUAAAGUCAGAAAUUAAAACGCUUCAUAUUGACGACUAUGAACUUCCUUUACAGUUGUCCUUUCCCAAAGAUUUUACGGACCGAAAUCAGUAUGCUCUUCUGUUGAUAAUGGAUGAAGAACCAGGAGGCCAGCUGGUUACAGAUAAGUUCCAUGUUGACUGGGAUUCAGUCCUUGUCGACACAGAUAAUGUCAUCAUAGCACGGUUUGAUGGUAGAGGAAGUGGAUUCCAGGGCUUAAAAAUUUUGCAGGAGAUUCAUCGAAGGUUAGGCUCCGUGGACGUAAAGGACCAAAUAGCAGCUGUGAAAUUUUUACUGAAACAGCCAUACAUUGACUCCAAAAGACUAAGCAUUUUUGGAAAGGGGUAUGGUGGUUAUAUUGCAUCAAUGAUCCUAAAAUCAGAUGAAAAACUUUUUAAAUGUGGAUCAGUGAUUGCACCCAUUGUAGACUUGAAGUUGUAUGCCUCUGCUUUCUCUGAAAGAUACCUUGGUUUGCCAUCUAAAGAAGAAAGCACCUACCAGGCAUCCAGUGUGCUCCAUAAUAUUCAUGGCUUAAAAGAAGAAAAUAUAUUAAUAAUUCAUGGGACUGCUGACACAAAAGUUCAUUUCCAGCAUUCAGCAGAAUUAAUCAAACACCUAAUAAAAGCCGGAGUGAAUUAUACCAUGCAGGUCUACCCAGAUGAAGGCCAUAAUGUAUCUGAGAAGAGCAAGUAUCAUCUCUACAGCACAAUCCUCAGAUUCUUCAGUGAUUGUUUAAAGGAAGAAAUACCCGUGUUACCGCAGGAGCCAGAAGAAGAUGAAUAAAGGACCCUAUUUAUAUAGAACUGAAGGGAAUGUUCAGGCUCAAUGAAACCAAGAGACUGUAACAUUGUAGAUGCUUCAUAAUUUCAAGGGCAGCUUAAGGAGAUGACAUUGGAACAGCACACUCAGAGACAAUGAACUAGACUUUGAAUACAGAAGUCCACGUCUACUGUGUUGCCAAGGGUGCAGAACCUAUUUCUUUGUGUAAGAAAGGUCAAAGGGUUGGUUUCCUGUGAGAAAUUAGUUUUGCAUUAAAGUAGGAGUAGUGCAUGUUUUCUUCUGUUGUCCCCCUAUCUGUUCUGUAACUAGUUGCUCUCAUUUUAAUUUCAAUGGCCACCAUUAUCUUUGCAUAUUAUGCACAACUUAUCAGUCCCUGAUCUUUGAUGGCAGAGCUGCAAUCUAACACUUUACUGUACCUUUAAAAUAAGUGCAAUUCCUUAAUUGUCGAUUAUUAUGCUUAAGAAAAGAUUCAGUUAAUAAAAAACAGAGUAUUUUAUGUAAUUUCUGUUCAUAAAAAAGACAUUUCUAAAAGGGUAACAGGUCAAGUAGAAAUAUGGCUUUUAGCACCUUCCAAAGUUCAGCCAGUUAUCAGUAGAUGCGGUAUCUUUAAAUCAACACAUGAGUGUAUGUCUCACAAUAUCGAUACACACGUGUGCUUAUGCAGACAAUAAAUCAAUCUUUCCAUGUUAUUCAUGCUACAAAGGAUAAACUUUUGAUGAAUUAGAAGAGAUGCUCUUUUACAGGCUAUAAUGGAUGCUUUGUUUAAUGAGCCAAAUAUGAUGAAUCUUUUUUUUUCCCAGUUCAAAUUCUAGUUGUUGCUUUCCUAUAAAUGUUUGGGUUGUGUUUGGUAUUGUUUUUAGUGGUUAAUAGUUUUCUAGUUGCAAUUUAAUUUUUUGAAUAUGAUACCUUGUCACAUGUAAAUUAGAUACUUAAAUAUUAAAUUAUAGUUUCUGAUAAAGAAAUUUUGUUAACAAUGCAA